UUUCCCAAAGCUUGCAAUGUCCUCGAUAAAUAAAGGAUUUAACAGCUGCCAAUCAAUUUGACCGAAUCGUCACUGGAUGCUGCCCAGCAAUAGGGAAAUACAGUUAAAAAAACAAAUAAAGAUCGAUUUUGAAAUCAAGUUAGUGAGGAUGGCUGGAGAUUUUCUGAAGAAGAAUAAAACGACAUGGCGCUAAUUUGGGUAUUUUUGUCGCUCAAUGGAUUUUUUUCAAAUUAACUGAAUUACCAUGUUCGCUCUGGAUGCAAUGCUGUAAAUCACGGAGUUUCAUAUCUGGAAAUAAACUCUUCUCCAGGAGGCUCAGGAUGAAAAGAUGGCCACGCUCUUACCAACGGGUCCUGAAUGCUUGUGCCGGUUCACUCGCGAGUCCCUGGCUGCUCUGGAGCAGCGGAUUGCCGAGGAGAAGGCCAGCGACACUAAGGAGGACAAAGAGGAGGACCCGGGGCCCGUGGAAGUGCCCGGUCCUAGCACCGACCUGGAGGCUGGGAAACAACUGCCCCGCAUCUUUCGCAACAUCCCCCCAGGACUGGUGGGCAUACCUCUGGAAGACAUUGACCCUUUUUACUUCAAGAACAAGAGAACUUUUAUAGUACUUAACAAAGGGAAGGCCAUUUUCCGAUUUAGCGCCACGUCCGCAUUGUAUAUUUUUAGUCCUUUUCAUCCAAUCAGAAGAAUCUCAAUAAGAAUAUUAGUACACUCCUUGUUCAGCCUCUUUAUAAUGUGCACUAUAUUGACCAACUGUUGUUUCAUGGCCAUCACUGAACCACCGACUUGGGCCAAGCAUGUUGAGUACACCUUCACAGCCAUUUAUACUUUUGAGUCGGUGAUUAAAAUUCUGGCGCGAGGAUUCUGCUUGGGACCCUUCACCUUUCUGCGAGACCCUUGGAACUGGUUGGAUUUCAGCGUGAUAGUCAUGGCAUAUGUAACUGAGUUUGUGGACCUGGGCAAUGUCUCAGCGUUAAGAACGUUCAGAGUUCUCCGAGCACUGAAAACUAUCUCAGUCAUUCCAGGCCUGAAGACCAUCGUAGGCGCGCUGAUCCAAUCUGUGAGGAAGCUGGCGGACGUCAUGAUCCUGACCGUCUUCUGCCUCAGCGUCUUCGCCCUCAUCGGUCUGCAGCUCUUCAUGGGAGUCCUGCAGCAGAAGUGCAUCCGCUCCUGUGCCAACUACACCUCCAACGGCAGCUUCUACUGCAACAACACGUUGUGGAACUCCUCGAUGGAUUUCGGUACUGCUGAUGAAAAUUUGUACAGGUUAGAUGGUGCAAAGGAUGCCUUAAUCUGUGGAUUUGCCAAUGAUACAGGGAAGUGUCCCGAUGGAUUUGUCUGUGAGAAAAUAGGAAGGAACCCUAAUUAUGGUUACACCAGUUUUGACAGCUUUGGAUGGGCUUUCCUGGCUUUGUUCCGCCUCAUGACACAGGACUACUGGGAGAACCUCUAUCAGCUGACUCUUCGGACUGCUGGGAAGACCUACAUGAUCUUCUUUGUGCUGGUGAUCUUCCUGGGGUCAUUCUACCUGGUCAACCUGAUCCUGGCUGUGGUUGCCAUGGCAUACGAGGAGCAGAACCAGGCCACCAUCGCUGAGGCUUGGCAGAAAGAGCAGGAGUUCCAGCUUGCCAUGGAGCACCUACGAAAGGAACAGCAGGCCCUGUCACAUAAAGCCCAUGAGACAGACUCUGUGAUGGGGCCGGAACUUUCUCCAUUCACUUUAAAAGACUCCAAAGAGCGGAAGAAGAGGAAGAAGAAAGCUCUGAGGACCCAAUCAGAGGGCACUGAAGACGACGGUUACGAGAAGGCAAAGCUGCAAUUAGUGGAAGGCACCAUGAACCUGCACCCCUUUCUGGCUCGCUCCCUGUCCUGCCGGACUAGGAGGCCCAGCCAGGUCAGCUUCUUCAACUUCCGUCCCAGAAACAGGGGCUCGGAGGAGGCAGACGACGAGCGCAGCGUGCACACGGGGGACCGGAGUCGAGUGAACUCCCUGACGGUCCCCUGGCCCCCCAGGAGGACCAGCUCCCACAGUGCCACCAGCUGCUACUCCCCGGUCUUCUUCCCGGGCCUCAGCACCAACGGGAAGCUGGCUGUGGACUCCGACCAGAACGGAACGGCCGGCUCCGGCUUGCUGACCCCCUGGGCUCUGUCGGACUGCGGCUCGGAGAAGGGGUCAAAUCGCAGGGCCGAGAGCGGCUCCAUUCUGUUUCCGCGCCGACUGUCUCCAGAGCUUCUCGAGGAGUGUUUCCGGAGGGAAAGAUCGGUCAGCGACACCAGCUUCUUCUCGGAGGCCAUGGAGGAGCUGGAGGGAACCCAACAGAAAUGCCCCCCUUGUUGGUACCCGUUUGCCUGGAAAACCAUGAUUUGGGACUGCUGUCCCAUGUGGCUUCAGCUGAAGAAGUGGACGAAGAUUAUGGUCAUGGACCCGUUUCUAGACCUGGCCAUCACUAUCUGCAUCGUGCUCAACACCCUCUUCAUGGCUCUGGAGCACUACCCCAUGACACUGGAUUUCACAACCAUGCUGUCUGUGGGCAACCUGGUCUUCACCGGGAUAUUCACAGCAGAGAUGGUGUUUAAGAUCAUUGCCCUAGACCCGUACUACUACUUCCAGCAGGGCUGGAACAUCUUCGACAGCAUCAUCGUCAGCCUCAGCUUGAUGGAGCUGGGUUUGUCCAACGUGGAGGGCCUGUCCGUUCUGCGAUCUUUCAGACUGUUGAGGGUCUUCAAGCUGGCUAAGUCCUGGCCUACCCUGAACACCUUGAUCAAGAUCAUCGGUAACUCAGUGGGAGCCCUUGGUAACCUGACCCUGGUCCUUGCCAUCAUCGUCUUCAUCUUCGCCGUGGUGGGCAUGCAGCUCUUCGGAAAGAGCUACUCGGACAACGUGAAAAAAAUCUCCAAAGAUUGCUCACUGGUGCGGUGGCACAUGAAGGACUUCUUCCACUCCUUCCUCAUUGUGUUCCGGGUUCUGUGCGGAGAGUGGAUCGAGACCAUGUGGGACUGCAUGGAGGUGGCCAGCCAACCUCUCUGUAUCCUCGUCUUCAUGCUGGUCAUGGUGAUAGGAAAUCUGGUGGUGUUGAACCUCUUCCUGGCUCUGCUGCUGAGCUCGUUCAGCUCAGACAACCUGUCGGCUCCGGACGAAGACGGGGAGAUGAACAACCUGCAUAUCGCCAUCGCCCGCAUCCACUCUGGCAUGGGCUGGCUGCGACGCACGGCCUGCGACGUCUUCAACGGGAACCUGAAGAGACGCCGGCGCAAGGCCCGCGAGGCCCGGGUCUCGCUGAAGAUGAAGCACCUGGCCAAUCACGCGGAGGGAAACGGCACGGCGGGGGUCAUCGGGAUCUAUGGGGAGAAGUACAUCGUCAACGAUGACGAAAGCUACAUAACCAACCCCAGCCUGACUGUCAGCGUGCCCAUCGCCCCGGGAGAGUCGGACCUGGAGUAUCCCGAGGAGGAGGAGGAAGAGGAGGAAGAGGAUGACAAUGAGUCAUCAGUCCAUGAAAAGAGAGAUGCACUCAGCCUGUCAGAGGGCAGCACGGUGGACCUGAGGAAGGCUGGAGACAUGCUGGACGAGUACUCCGACAUGGACGACAUGAACAUGGACCCCGAAGACUGCUUUCCUGAAUUCUGCAUCCGCCACUUUCCAUGCUGUGAGAUUAACACCACGGAGGGAAUGGGGCAGUUCUGGUGGCGACUGCGGAAGACCUGCUACCAAAUCGUGGAGCACAGCUGGUUUGAGACCUUCAUAAUCCUCAUGAUUCUGCUGAGCAGCGGUGCACUGGCAUUUGAAGACAUUUAUAUUGAGAGGAGAAAAGUGGUGAAGUUAGUUCUGGAAUAUGCCGACAAGGUGUUCAGCUAUGUCUUUAUCCUGGAGAUGUUUCUCAAAUGGGUGGCAUAUGGAUUCAAGAAGUACUUCACCAAUUACUGGUGUUGGCUUGACUUUCUCAUCGUAGAUGUGUCUUUGAUAAGCCUCAUAGCUAAUUCGCUGGGAUACUCUGAUUUCGACGCCAUAAAGUCACUGAGGACCCUCAGAGCCCUUAGGCCACUAAGAGCAUUGUCCAGAUUUGAAGGCAUGCGGGUGGUGGUGAACGCCCUGAUUGGCGCUAUUCCCUCCAUCAUGAAUGUGCUACUUGUCUGCUUGAUCUUCUGGCUCAUCUUCAGCAUAAUGGGUGUCAACCUCUUUGCGGGAAAGUUUGGAAGAUGCAUCAAUCCCCGGACAUUGGUGCUAUACAGUGCCUCCGAGGUCAACAACAAGUCUGAAUGUGAGAGCAGGAAUGGCUUGCUGUUCUACUGGACCAAGGUGAAAGUCAACUUCGAUAAUGUGGGCUCAGGCUACCUCUCACUUCUGCAAGUGGCAACUUUUAAAGGCUGGAUGGAUAUCAUGUAUGCAGCUGUGGAUUCACGAGGUGUGGAGGAGCAGCCCAAGAAGGAAGAAAACCUGUACAUGUACCUGUACUUUGUCAUCUUCAUCAUAUUUGGAUCUUUCUUCACCUUGAACCUGUUCAUUGGCGUGAUCAUCGACAAUUUCAACCAGCAGAAAAGAAAGUUAGGUGGAGAGGAUAUUUUCAUGACUGAGGAACAGAAGAAGUACUAUCAUGCAAUGAAAAAGCUGGGUACUAAGAAGCCACAGAAGCCUAUUCCACGGCCAGUGAACCCAGUGCAAGGCUUCUUCUUUGACAUGGUGACAAACCAAGCUUUUGACAUCAUCAUCAUGGUUCUCAUCAUCUUAAACAUGAUAACCAUGAUGGUGGAGACGGACGAGCAGUUGGAUCAAACCGAAAAGAUCCUAUACAACAUCAACCUGGCCUUCAUCAUCAUCUUCACCACUGAAUGCCUCAUCAAACUCAUCGCCCUGCGCUACUACUUUUUUACUGUCGGGUGGAACAUCUUCGACUUUGUAGUAGUCAUCCUCUCCAUCGUGGGUGUUGUUCUCUCUGAUAUUAUAGAGAAAUACUUUGUGUCGCCAACUCUUUUCCGAGUUAUUAGACUUGCACGAAUAGGCCGUGUACUCCGGCUUAUACGAGGAGCCAAAGGAAUAAGAACUUUACUGUUUGCCUUAAUGAUGUCUCUACCAGCCUUGUUCAACAUAGGCCUGCUGCUUUUCCUGGUCAUGUUUAUCUAUGCCAUAUUCGGCAUGGCCAACUUCGCCUACGUAAAGAAACAGGGCGGGAUCGACGACAUGUUCAACUUCGAAACCUUCGGGAACAGCAUGAUCUGCCUGUUUCAGAUCACCACAUCAGCCGGCUGGGACAGCCUGCUCAGCCCCAUCCUGAACAAGCCCCCGGAGUGCGACCCCAACGCCACCAACACCGGCACCAGCACCAAGGGGAACUGCGGAAACCCCUCCGUGGGCAUCGCCUUCUUCGUCAGCUACAUAAUAAUAUCCUUCCUCAUCGUAGUGAACAUGUACAUCGCCAUCAUCCUGGAGAACUUCAGUGUGGCCACCGAGGAGAGCACGGAGCCCCUGGGUGAGGACGACUUUGAGAUGUUCUACGAGGUGUGGGAGAAGUACGACCCCGAGGCCACACAGUUCAUCGAGUACACCAUGCUCUCCGAGUUCGCCGACUCGCUGCCCGAGCCCCUCCGCAUCCCCCAGCCCAACCGGCUGAAGCUCAUCGCCAUGGACCUGCCCAUGGUCGCCGGAGACAAGAUCCACUGCCUGGACAUCCUCUUUGCCUUCACCAAACGGGUCCUCGGCGAGUCCGGGGAGAUGGACGCCCUGAAGCAGCAGAUGGAGGAGAAGUUCAUGAUGUCCAACCCAUCCAAAAUGUCCCACGAGCCCAUCACUUCCACCCUCCGACGCAAGCAGGAGGAGGUGUCGGCCAUCAUCAUCCAGCGAUCGUACAGGAGGCACCUGGUGAUACGGCAGGUGAAGCAGGCUGCCCUCCUCUACCGGCAGAUUAAGGCGGACAACCCCGACGAGGUGGAGACCACACCCGAGAAAGAGGGGCUGAUCGCGACCAUGAUCAGGGACAACUAUGGGCCUGAGGCCCAAAAGGUUGAGACGCUGUCCUCUACUUCCUCUCCACCAUCUUAUGACAGCAUUAGCAGGGUGGCUAACAACAUUUUCAAAGUUCUGAGACCUAACCCCAGGAAGGAGGACCAGAGUGAGCAUUACACUUACAACGAGAGUGUACGUGAGUCAUUUCUUGAUUAGUAGGAGAUGCUUAGUUUUUUUAAAUGAUGUUUACCAAAUGUACCAUAGGUCAAACACUGAGUCAGUCUUUAUAGACACUUGGAUUCACAACAAAACAACAGUGUUUCAUAGCAAAAUAUCUUCUUCUUUUUUUAAUUUCUGGUUUGUUGGACUACAGAAAGGGAAAAUGUACACUGCUUGUCUGUCUUUAGCUGUGUAAUUACAGUUAUACCACUGAUGUAAUAACCAUUUCUAAAAAGGACUUUCAAUAUUUAUAAAAUUGGUUGUAUUAUGCAUUCAUUAAAGGUCUCAUGUACAAUAGUGUGACUCUUUAUGGUAACACAUUUUAAAUUAUGUCAUAAUAAAUUCAGUAAAAAACAAUAAGAUGAUUCUGGUAGCUAAAUGAAACUGCGCUAAAUGGCACGAAAAUAUGUUACAAUGAUUAACACUGUAUAUGUAUUAAAGCUCUCCCCGCAUAUCAGUAAAAGCAGAGCUAAGCCAUACAAUUGUAAAAAAACAAACAAACAAAAAAAACAAGAAUCAUAAUACUGUAUCUUUGUCGAAUAUGCCCUAGAUUUACAUGUAGUUUAUGUCAGCGUAGACAAUAUCACUUUACUCAUCAGUGGGGAUUUAAACUGAUUUUGUUCUAAACUUGUUCCAAAGUGUUGACAAAUGUACCCAAGAUAAGCAUGUGACACUAAAACUGGCCCUGUUAAUGUUCCUAAGAGGGAGGUUCCAAAUAUAAGGGGUAAGGCAGCUGAUGCUGAAUAGAUUAGGAUUCAGCAGAUCAGACACAUGCUAGAAAAGGCAUAUGUCAAGUCCAUCGCUGUGUAGGAGCAGAGCUGGUGAUAUGGUUCAUUUUGGUUCCAGCUUUGCAAUAAACAGCUUUCUCACCAUGCAGGCAGCACCAUGAAAUGCAGUGUUACCCAAAAAUGUAUUGAAACUAGGAAAUAAAAUAUCGCUCAAAAUUAUGAUGUUUCUUUCUACAAUCUAUGUUCAGCAAUAAUAUGCUAAUUUGAGGCAUUUAAUAUUACAAAAAAAAGGAUCAUUUGUUAUGCUUUGUGUGAUACAUACGGAAUAUGGAGUAGAUAUAUUUAAAAAUCCACCUGACUGCACUGCAAGUGAAUAGCAUGGAUGACAUUUAGGGCCAUGUCCAAGGCCUUACGAAACCCUGCUUUGCUCAGAAAUGAAGAAAGCCAAAGGAUAUUUGAUUAAAUUAUAUUUAAAAGUUAAAGUGACUAUUAAACAUAACUAUUAUUUCUGAAGCAGGGCUUUUUUCUUACUUAAUUUUUUAUUUAUUUAUUGUAAAUUACUUUUCACUACACAUACUCCAGGAACACAUGCCCUGAACAAUUGGUAAAUUGACCUCAGGGCCUUUCAUAAAAUGGUACUAGAAAAGUUCAGUCCAAAUUGCAAUUUUUGGGAAUCUAGGCAAUUUAUCAAUAAUCACUCUGAAGGUAAAAUGUGGCCAAAUAACAGUUUUAUUUGCAGAAAGAAAGAGAUUAUGGGAUUAUGCGUAGUAAUAUACAAAAAUAUAAUAACCUCCCAUGUUGCAUUCUGGUGUGGGGUUUACAUAUUCCACUGUCAUUAGAUACUGAGCAUUGGAAUGUUGAUAGCACAUGGCGAGCAAGCUAUAUAAUAUUAUAUAUAUAU